CACAAACGCGACUUCCCUGCUGCUUGGAGCCAGCCUGUGAGCUUUGGACGCAGAGUGAGGGGGAGAAAAAAGUGAAGGUCACUCAAGAUGGCGGCGCUGGCUUUGCUGAGGGGUUCGGCUCCCGCCCGGCUCCUGUCAGGGUGUGUGCGCAGCGCCCUAACGGGGGCAUCAUGGAAGGAUUCUGGCAGCCGGCGGCACUUCAGUAACGAUAAGAUUCUUGUGGAACUGGAUGAAGCGACGGGAGUGGCACUCAUGAAAAUGAAAAACCCUCCAGUGAACAGUCUCAGCCUGGACUUUCUGACAGAAUUCUCCAUCGGCUUGGAGAAGCUGGAGAUGGACCGUGGCUGUCGGGGCGUCAUACUGACCUCUGCUGUACCUAAAAUUUUCUCUGCGGGGCUGGACAUCACCGAGAUGUGCGGAAAGAGCGCAGAACACUAUGCGGCGUUCUGGAGAGCAGUGCAAGAGAUGUGGUUGAAACUGUAUGGAUCCAACAUGGUGACAAUCGCGGCUGUCAAUGGGUCGAGUCCAGCCGGAGGAUGUCUUAUGGCAAUGUGUUGUGACUACCGCAUCAUGGUGGACAAUCCUAAAUAUGCCAUCGGCCUCAAUGAGACCCAACUGGGCAUCGUUGCCCCAUUCUGGUUUAAAGACACCAUGACAAACCUAGUUGGUCAUCGAGUGACUGAGCAAUCCCUCCAGUUAGGACAGAUGUACCCGGCUCCUGAGGCUCUAAGGGUUGGCCUUGUAGAUCAGUUAGUGCCAGAAGAUAAAAUACUAAGCACGGCGUCUUCUGUUAUGACUCAGUGGCUCUCAGUUCCAGAUCAUGCCCGUCAGAUCACCAAGUCCAUGAUGCGCAAGCAGACCAUAGACAAGCUUGUAAGCCAACGGGAAGCUGAUAUCAAAAACUUUGUUGGUUUUGUCACUAAGGACUCCAUCCAAAAAUCCUUGCAGAUCUACAUGGAGAAACUGAAACAGAGGAAGCAGUAAUUCGCGAAGGGGAUGCGGAUGUUGAGGAUUAAGCCCGUAGGUCUUCGCAGACCCAUAAACUUUAGUGAAGCAAAAGUAGGCAAACCUCUCGCUGUGAAAGUUAUGAAAAUUGCUUAAAUUACCUUCUCUGAUUUUGUCACUGUAUUAAACAAAUUAACCUAAAGCCUUAAGGGAAGUUACCCGCGGAAAGCUUCAUCCUCAGUAUUUCUAUGUGUCAUUUUUGGGUACGCGGUUUUGUUUAGAUACCUGAAUAUAGGUUCUUUAUACGAAUAAGCUGAAAAUUAUUUUGUGGAAAUAAAAAAUCUUGAGCACUAAUAA